GUGUAGAUAGAGGUAUAUAGCUAGCUUUUAUUGGGAGCAUUAGGAAAGCAAAUUUAUCCUAAAAUAAUAAACUGAAGAAAACUUUUAGCUUAAAUGCUUGACCAAAAUGUACUUUAUGUAGCUGUACCUAGAACCAGUACUAAGACUAAGUUACAUUUUAGAUCUACUUUGAUUGGAACCUAUUGACAUUUGGCAUCAACUUUUAUUGAUUUUUUUUUAUGUAAUGAAUCUAUUAAGAAAUGCUGUUUCCACUUUUCAUUUCUUGUUGGAAUAGUUUAUGAUCUAUGUCCAAAAAGGACGACCGUUUUAAUUCUUUCUUUCUUCAGGAUUCAUCUGCUGUAACUGUCCAUCCAUCUGGUGUUGAGAAAACUCUACAUGAAUGCAUACAUGAAUUGAAAGGGUGGUAUGGAGACAAGCAGGGGAAAAAGUUUUGGGUUUGGGUGGAUCGUGUGUUAUCUACGCAGAUUGGUCCAAGCACAUGGUUGGUGAAUUUCAAUAAGUGGGAGCAAUAUGUUAGCUUUUCAACUGAUAUUCUUAUGCUGACUUUUGCAGGUGAUGUGCGGUGCUGUUGUGCAACCACAGGAAAGAUCAAUGCUAAGAUAAGAAAGCUAGAACAUUAUAAUGUGUAAACCAACUUUUUGAAAUGAUUUGCUUAGAUCAUUGACUUGUGGACUUCAAGAGGGUGAUGGUUCACAUGGGUUCAGCCGGAUGCGUGUACAACAGGCGUGGCUGUAAGGAUCAAAAAUAAAAGAUCAUUCAGCCUGGCUGUUCUAGAUUGGUAUCAGAUACUAUCCCUGACCUUUCCAGCUCCAGAGUAUUGUUCAGUAGUCAAUUGAAGUAAAUGUACUAAUG